UGCUUUCCUGCAAAAUAAAAGCAAGAUCCUCCCUAUUCACUCUGUCUUCUGUCUUUCGCUUGAAUUUAAUCACACUUUCGUAGACUCAUAAGUUUCCUCACUUUCUCGGUGCAAAAAAUCUGUUCAUUUUCUUUUUCUUUUCCCCCCGAAAGCUCCGACAUUUAGCUUUUUUUUCUUGCUUAAUCAGUGAAAUGUUUCUUCGGAGAAAGCAUACACAGAAGGAUGAUUCCGAGCAACGAGAUGCGAAGGUGAGUGAACUCAGGGCUGCUAUAGGACCACUGUCUGGACGCAGUUCAAAGUACUGUACGGAUGCGUGCCUGAGGAGAUAUUUGGAAGCUCGGAAUUGGAAUGUUGACAAGGCAAAGAAAAUGUUGGAAGAGACAUUAAAGUGGAGAUCAACUUAUAAGCCAGAAGAAAUCCGCUGGCAUGAAGUGGCGCAUGAAGGUGAGACUGGAAAAGUUUCCAGGGCAAGUUUUCAUGACCGUCAAGGAAGGACUGUGCUUAUAAUGAGGCCUGGAAUGCAGAAUACAACAUCAGCAGAAAAUAAUAUCCGCCAUUUGGUGUAUCUCUUGGAAAAUGCUAUCAUGAAUCUCUCUGAGGGCCAGGAACAAAUGUCCUGGUUGAUAGAUUUCACUGGGUUUUCAUUGAACACCAAUAUUCCUGUCAGAACAGCCCGUGAUAUAAUUUACAUUCUACAGAGCCACUAUCCAGAGAGGCUGGCAAUUGGUUUCUUGUAUAAUCCACCAAGGAUUUUUGAAGCAUUUUAUAAGGCUAUCAGGUAUUUUCUGGAUCCCAAAACAGCUCAGAAGGUGAAGUUUGUUUACCCUAAAAAUAAAGAUAGCGUGGAGCUCAUGAAAUCAUACUUUGAUGUUGAGAACCUUCCCAGUGAAUUUGGGGGGAAAGCAACGCUGAAGUAUGACCAUGAGGAGUUCUCACGAUUGAUGGCUCAGGAUGAUGUAAAAACUGCUAAGUUCUGGGGAAUCGAUGACAAGCCCUACCCCAUUGCAAAUGUGCAUUCAGCGGCUGAAGUUGCACCAGAGCCCGCAGCCAUGGCACAGCGAGCAAGCUGAGAGCGUCUGCCUAUUGUCCAGAAUGGUCUGUCAGAAAUUAUGUGAUGUAAAAUAGUAGCCCCGGGUUUGAAUCAACAGAUCGGCAUCAAAUAUAAAUCAACUAAUAGGAACUGCAUAUCAACAUCCACCUCUUGGUUAGGUGAAUAAACAUUAUUUCUUGUUCUCACUGCUAACCGUUUAAGAAGGAAAAAACAUGUUUUGUGUUUACAUAAUUACUACCUUUGUUUUUCUCGUCUUUCGAAAUUGUAUUCGCAAGAUCUGGUCUAUUUUUAUUGCGUGUAAUAGAAAAAAAUACUAUUUUUUUUU